AUGCUGGGCCUGCGGCGCGCCUUCGCCGUGGAGCCACUCAGCGGCCGGGAUGUCACUGGCGAGGACCUGGCACGUGGCUGCCUAGUGCCUGGAGUCACCAGCACCUACAGACCGGAUGCUGCUCCAGGGUACUCGUCAGACUCCUGGGAGGGAGGUGGCAAGCUGAGAGGUCUUGAAAGGCAGAUACCGCUUCUCAAACUGGCCUUCCAGGACUCAGGAGUGGAGAUGGUGGUUGGGGACAGCUCCCCGGCCACCUUACGGGGGCUUUCUCAAGACUCUCUGAACUUUGAGCCCAUGGGGAGCCCUGAGACCCUGGCUCUUGGGGCUGUGGAGCCUCCUGCCCACCUAAGACGGCUUCUGGCCAGCCGUAAGCUGGAGCAGGUGCUGGAGCGGGCCCCCCAGCUCCUGACUUCCCCUGCCAGCUUGUCACAACACUACCGCUCCCUGAGCCCGCCCAGCCAGCCUGGGUGUGAAAAGCCUCUUUUUGGAGCAGGGGUACAGGAGGCCACUGAGGCAGAGAGUGACCUAGAGGCACACCUGGAAGAAGCAGAGGUGGUGAGGCCUGAAGCCCAGGCCUGCCUCCCGGGGCAGGGUCUUCGCUACCUGGAACACCUGUGCCUAGUGCUGGAGCAGACGGCGAGGCUCCAGCAGCUCUACCUGCAGCUGCAGACUCGGAGGGCCUCUGGGGAUCCUGAAGAGGAGUCGGAGGAGUCGGCUGUGGCCCCUUCAUCUCCAUCCUCUCAUGCCCCAGGCAGUGAGGUCCAUGAGCCAUGGGAGCAGCUCAGCCAGACUGAGGAGACAGGAGCAAAAACAGCUUCACCCCCAAAGGCAGGGGUCCGCAGCCCCAGCCCUCCCAGGCUGUCAGAGGCCCCAGCAGAGUGAGCUAACGCCUUCCCAUCCUCCCAGGGACACAAGGUCAAGGUCCUCCUCAACCAGAUCCGAUGGAGAAGCCCUCGACCUGCUGAACCCGCUGCCCUUCCUGACGGCCCUGCCCGCAGGACAACAUCAGGGGGCCUCCGUGAAAGGCCUCCAUGCCACCCCCUCCGGAAGACCUUUAUGCCAUCGUUAGCAGUUAAGAAGCAAAGAACAAAAAACUUUUCUUUGCACUGAGACCUCCUGGUGCCAGGAUGUGACCCCGAGUGGGAGGGAGCCUUCUUCCUCGCCCUUUGCCCUGUUGUGGGCACUGCCUGGAAAAGAUGCUGACACUUGCCCUUCUCUCUGAGCCUGGGUCCCUGAGAGGCCCCAAGAUGUGGCAGCCCCCAGGCUCCUCCCUGGUUGCCAGAAAUCUCUGGGCUUAGGCAAUGUGA